AUGGCCAAUGUAAUUUUGCCAAAUCAGCCUGUGGUUAUUGAUAAUGGCUCAGGCUCCAUCAAGGCCGGGUUUGCUGGUGAAGAUGGACCACGGGUGGUGUUCCCAAACUAUGUUGGCGCUACUAAACAUCGACGAGUAAUGGCUGGUGGUUUGACAAAGGAAAAUUUAGUUGGUAAGUUCGUUUUUGUUAUUUUUUUUGGCUUUUAGGUAUUCAAUGUUAGUCGUCAUGGUUAAUAUUUUAUUGUGAUGUUUUUGAGCUGAAAUCUAUUAAUUUGAAAAUGAAUAUAGUUGAGGAUAAAGAUGUGGAUGUUUAGGAUCUGAUGCUCAAAAAUACAGGGGUUUGUUGGCUUUAAAAUACCCGAUGGAGCAUGGUAUUGUAACGGAUUGGAAUGCCAUGCAGCAGAUCUGGGAAUUCGCUUAUUCUUCGGAACAGUUGAAUGUAAGGGUUUUAUUUUUGGUUGUAAAAGAAUCUUUAAUAUCUUUUCUAACGUAUAUUAGCUAAAUUUCGUUGAAAAAGGCUAUUUUUCAUAUAAAAAGUCUGUUGUUUUAGGUAAUCACUAACUAUAACAUAGAUUUUUCUGUCAAAAACAAGCUAUACUGUUUUUACGUUUUAAUUUUGAAAACUUUCGUUGUAUGGAGAGAAUUCAUGUGCAUAUUUUACAAUAUAUUUUACAGUGCAACUCUUCGGAACAUCCAGUAUUGUUAUCGGAAGCUCCAUUGAAUGCAGUGAAGAACCGGGAGAAAGCAAUGGAGAUCUUCUUUGAAACCUUUAAUGUCCCAGCUAUCCACGUUCAAAUGCAAGCUGUUUUGAGUUUGUAUGCAGCUGGAAGAGCUACUGGAGUGGUGCUAGAUUCGGGAGACGGUGUAACACAUUCGGUGCCUAUUUAUGAAGGUUUUGCUAUUGAACCUGCGUAAGUUUUUGGGGUUUUUUAAAUGUUUUUGAUGUUUAGGUAGAUGGGAAAUGGAAGAACUGCUUGUAGAAAAGCUGUUGAGGUCAUUUUUGUCAUUCUUUGACAGAAUUUUGCUGUUAUCCUGAUGGUUUUUUGGCCGAGUUUUACAAUAUUGUUUUAGAAUUCAACGGAUAGACGUUGCCGGCCGAGAUGUGACAAACUAUUUUAAACUUUUACUACGAAAAGAAGGCCACAUUUUCCACCGGUCGAAUGAGUUUGAGCUCGUACGUGAAAUGAAGGAAUCCGUCUGCCAAGUACUGCCAUAUAGCUCUAACAGUUCAAAGGAUGAGUCGGUAAGUGGUUCUACAAUAUCGUUUUUGAUUUUUUUUGGAUUUUUAGGUGUGAAAUGAUAAAUUAUAUAGUGUAAGGAGUUAACUACGACUAGUCAGCGUUUUGAUUCUAAUAAGUUAAGAUCUGACUCUUUAUUUUCAGUCAAAAAUUACAAUUUUUUUAAAUCAGCUGACUUUCAUGGAUAAUAUAACUUUUGAUUUUUCUUCAGCUAAAAGCCUACACAUUACCGGACGGUGAGACGAUUAAAGUUGGAAGGGCAAGAUUCCAAGCUCCAGAAGUGUUGUUCCGUCCAGAAAUUGUUGGGUUGGAAUAUUGUGGAUUGUCACAAUGUAUCGUGAACUCGGUCAAGGUAAGGAUUUUUAGUUUUUUUUUGAAAUUUUAGGUAUGAAACAAGGAUACAAGCUUUGUAUAUAAUAAGACAGGUUUAUGUUGACAUAAAAAAGCAGCGUUUUACGUAUGUUGCGAUAACUAUCACAAAGAACUUUUCAGUUUUAUAUUGUUAUAGACGAUGAUAUAGAAAAGGGGGUAGUUUUGUUUUUAGUAUUGAUAUGAGACCAGUUUAUGUUCAAAAAGGAUAGUUAGUGUUAUAUUAAUAUAGGAAAACGUAUUUUUUUAUUGUCUUUGUUCUGUUCGUAUCGUAAUAGAGCUUGUUUUCUAUUGUACGACAAGGUUUAUUGUGUUAGCGAAAGUAGGUCAGGGAGAUGUUUGAACAAGGAUUAUAUGGGUUUUUGGGCAAAAAUAGGCUGUUUUUGGGUUGGGCAGGGAUUUUGGAUAACAAAAAAAUUUUUGUUUUUAUUUUGAAAUUUCGAAAAAUUUUUAAAUCUCAAAAAAUGAUCAAAAUUGAAGUAAUAUGACCUAAAACUACUAAAAAUCUAAUUUGAAUACUCAAAAACCCUAAAUUCCCCCAUUUUUUAGUUAUCCGACACGGAACUUCGAAAAGAGCUCUACUCGACCAUUCUCCUCUCCGGCGGCUCCACCCUCUUCAAAGGCCUCGGCGAUCGUGUACUUCAAGACGUCCUAAAACAGAAUCCGGCCGACACAAAGGUCCGGAUCGCGGCGCCAACAGAACGAAUCCACUCGACGUGGACGGGCGGCUCCAUUCUGGCCACAUUGGACACGUUCCGAAAGAUUGUCCGAACAAAGGCACAGUACGAGAAUGAGGGCAAGAAUCUGGCUAGAAAGGCUUACUAA